AUGAUUCGAGCGGCGUUUCCAUCGAGUGCAACGCCCGUUAAGGCGGCCAAGGGCGCGUCGGUACAAUACGGAGCAUUGAGAGAUGCUUGGGCAAGGCUAUUUUCGUCACAGCCUGUCACGAAGCUCCAAAGCAAUAGCAGCACAUCAUGGACGAGGAUACAUUCAAUUCAGCCCCUGCAGGGAACCAUGCGCCACGGCGCUUCGAUGCGACCAAAUGUCAGAAUAGCUGACAGCUUCGCAAGGGGGGCGCAAAGGCGGAGCUUUGGAUUCUCGGCAUGGAGGCGCAAUACUGCGCAAGGAGCUCAGGAGAAUCUCUCACUCAGUGGGCGAUUCAAGAAGCUCUCUAGGGAGUAUGGAUGGUCAGCCGUCGGCGUCUACUUUGCGCUCAGCGUCCUGGACUUCCCGUUCUGCUUCCUCCUGGUCAGGGUGGUCGGGACGGAGCGGAUAGGACAAGUCGAGCAUUACGUCGUAUCUGCAGUCUCCAAGUUCAUCCCCGAGUCAGCGCGAACACGAUGGCACGAAUGGCGAGAGUCCCUAAAGACUGAAGAGAAACAGCACCUAGGCAGCAAUGAAAUCAGCGACAAGGUAGAAAUGGCGGGCUGGGGAGUAGAGAAGGCGCAGGAACGCAACAGAGAAGAAGCCAGCCUGGCAACGCAACUAGCACUGGCGUACGCAAUCCACAAGAGCUUCAUCUUCCUCCGGGUGCCAUUGACAGCGGCGGUGACGCCCAAGGUGGUCAAGGUGCUUCGCGGAUGGGGUUGGAAUAUUGGAAAACGG